UGCUUUGAGAGGCUGGCCCUUUCUAUGGGUGCUGGCGACGCCAGGAAGAUGGUGAAUGUUCCAAAAACCCGCAGAACUUACUGCAAAAAGUGUGGCAAGCACCAGCCCCACAAAGUGACUCAGUAUAAAAAAGGGAAAGAAUCUCUGUAUGCUCAGGGAAAGAGACGAUAUGAUUGCAAACGAAGUAGCUAUAGUGGUCAGACGAAGCCUAUUUUCCACAAGAAGGCCAAGACCACAAAGAAGAUCAUGCUGAGGAUGGAGUGCACUGAGCUGAACUGCAGGUCCAAGAGGAUGCUGGCCAUUAAGAGGUGCAAGCACUUUGAACUUGGAAGAGAUAAGAAGAGAAAGGGCCAAGUCAUCCAGUUCUAGACAUUCAGCUUGUACUUUUGCUAUGGAACCCCUUAAAAGCCAAUGGAAAUGCAAAAAAGACAAAGACAAAA